AUGAUCAACAUUUUCGCUGCUUUAAACUAUACGGAGGAUAAGCAGGUGACUUUUGCUGUAUUUCAGUUUGAGGGACAAGCUAGAGCCUGGUGGAACGUGAUAAGGGCUAAGUGGGAGAGAGAAAGAACCGUAUGGACCAGGUUGAACUUCGUCCAUGAGUUUAAUGAGAAAUAUCUCCCACCAAUAGUUCAGGAGAAAAGAGAGGACGAUUUCAUUAGGUUAUAUCAGGGAAGCUUAAGUGUAGCUGAGUAUGAGACUCAGUUCAUCAAGUUAUCGAAAUUUGCUCAUGAAUUGAUAGCUACGGAGCAAAGGAAGAUAGGACGGUUUGUGCAAGGGUUAAACGUAGAAAUACAGGAAGCCUGGGCGGCUGCGAAAAUUAAUACUUUCACCCAGGUUCUUGAGAAAGCCUAG